CCUCUCUUCCACCCAAAACAAUACCACAGACGCGUGUAGUGAGGUCGAGCAAUGGAGAUUGCCAUGGGGGCCAUCGGCCCUCUCCUACCAAGGCUCACUGAUCUGCUUGUCGGCGAGUUCACCCUGGAGAAGCGAGUGCGGAAAGGCAUCGAGUCUCUGAUCACAGAGCUCACGUUGAUGCACGCUGCCCUCCGCACGGUGGCAAAGGUGUCACCAGAUGAGCUCGAUGAGGGGGUCAAGAUUUGGGCAGAAAAGGUGAAGAGGUUGUCCUACCAAAUGGAGGACAUCGUUGACACCUUCAUGGUGCAUGUGCAGGAUGGUGGUGAGCCAGCCAACCCGAAGAACGGAAUCAAGAAGUUACUCAAGAAGACCACCAAACUAUUCAAGAAGGGCAAGAAUCUCCAUCGGAUAUCCGAUGCUCUAGAAGAAGCGGUUGGUCAGGCUAAACAAUUGGCCGAGCUACGUCAAAGGUACGAGCUUGUGCAUGACACCGGUGCUGGAGCUAGCAUUGACCCUCGUGUCAUGACGCUAUACAAAGAUGUCACAGAACUUGUUGGCAUUGAAGAUACCCGCGAUGAGUUGAUCAACAGGUUGAUCGAGGGUGAUGAUUGGUUGAACCAUCCAAAGAAGACGGUCUCUAUUGUUGGGGUUGGCGGCUUAGGCAAGACAACUCUUGCCAAAGCAGCAUAUGACAAGAUCAAAGUGCAAUUCGAUUGUGGUGCAUUUGUUUCAGUUUCUCAGAAUCCCGAUAUCAAAAAAAUCUUGAAGGAUAUUCUCUUUGAACUUGACAACAACAAGUAUACAAAGAUUUAUGAUGAAGUCAGGGAUGAAACACAUCUCAUUGACGAGAUCAUUAGAUUUCUUAAUGACAAGAGGUACCUUAUUGUAAUUGAUGACAUAUGGGAUAAAAAGGUUUGGGAAAUAAUCAAGUGUGCAUUUUUCAAGAAAAGUAUCGGAAGUCGGCUAAUCACAACAACUCGUAUUGUCAGUGUGUCUAAAGCAUGUUGUUCAUCUAUUGAUGAUAUUUACAAAAUGAGAGUUCUUUCCAAUGAUGUAGCAAGAAGACUCUUCAAUAAAAGAGUAUUUUCUCAUGAAAAAGAGUGUCCUCAUGAAUUGGUGCAAGUUUCUGAAGAUAUCUUGAAGAAAUGUGGUGGGAUACCACUAGCCAUUAUUACUAUAGCAAGUCUUCUUGCUAGCAACUGUCAAAUAAAAAUGAAGGACCAGUGGUACAUCUUGCUCAAUUCCAUUGGAAGAGGACUUACAGAAGAUCCUGAUGUGGAGGAAAUGAAGAAGAUAUUAUUGUUUAGCUAUUAUGAUCUACCUUCCCAUUUGAAGCCUUGUUUGUUAUAUCUGAGUAUCUUUCCAGAAGAUCAUAAGAUUAUGAGGGAUGAGCUUAUAUGGAGGUGGAUAGCAGAAGGAUUUAUUUGCAGUGAAAAACAGGAAACUAGUUUAUAUGAGCUCGGUGAUUGCUAUUUUAAUGAGCUUAUAAAUAGAAACAUGGUCCAGCCAGUGGACAUCGACGAAGAUGGAAGGGCAGAAGCUUGCCACGUGCAUGACAUGGUGCUUGACAUCAUAUGUUCCUUGUCAAGUGAAGAAAACUUUGUCACCAUAUUGGAUGGUACUAAGAGAAAACUGCCUAACCCGCAAAGGAAGGUUCGCAGAUUAUCCAUCCAUAAGAGCAACACAGAUGUACUGGCUACCACCAGCAUAGCACAAGCGAGGUCUGUUACUGUUUUUGGAAAUGAUAUUGUUCAACAAAUGCCGCUUAUUUCAAGUUCUAAAGGUCUGCGUGUGCUGGCUUUAGAAGGUUGUACUAUUUCAGAUAUUGGGCACAUGGACAAUUUGUUACACCUGCGGUACCUAGGCCUAAGAGGUACAUGGGUUGAAGAGUUCCUGGUUGAUAUAGGAAAGCUGCAUUUUCUGCAAACACUGGACUUGAGAGGAACUAAAAAUAUACGUGAAUUGCCAUCAAGCAUUGUUUGGUUAAGAAAUCUGAUGUGCCUAUAUAUCGAUGAGGCCAUGAACAUGCCAUGUGGGAUUGCUAACCUGACGUCCCUAGAAGUGCUAAAGGAACUGCGUUUGGUUGAUGAUAAUCUAGUCAUUGUGAAAGAGAUGUUCCAUCUAAUCAAGUUGAAGGUGCUCGAGAUUGGAUGGUACUGUAGUCGUCUUGAUGAAAGCAUGGGAAAAACUUUGGCGAAAUCCCUAAGUAAUCUGCAUAGGUUGGAAAGUCUACGUAUUAAUGCACAUGGACGCAUCUAUUUCUUGCAGGAAGGCUGGAUACCCCCUCCACAGCUCCGUAAAUUAGUGUUUUACAUAUAUGGCAGUGUCGCGUUUGACACACUGCCUUCAUUUAUUAGCCCGACAUUGCUUCCUCUCCUCUCCUACCUGGUGAUAACGGUGUAUGAAUUGCAACCAGAGGACAUUCAGCUUCUUGGGAUGCUGCCCAAUCUUCGUUAUCUCUAUUUCAGAGGGGUCAUCACCAAGAGCUUAUCAAUGGAGGAUGCCACAAUAAUUUCCGGCCCUAAUUUUUCCAGUUCCUGCUUCAGUUCCGCAGCGAAGUUGUUCCUUACAUCUGAUGCCUUCCCAUGUGCGACCAAGUUAUCCUUCGAUGGUAUUCCUGUGAUGCCGUCAGCAUUCCCUCGAGGAGCCGCCCCAAGGCUUAAACACCUUGAGUUUUCCUUCCGAGCUAAGUGGAUCACACAUGACGACGUGGAUUUGGGCAUGGGGCACCUCCCUUCCCUCCAGACCGUCAGGGUCCAGCUUCACACUUUUAAAUCCAGCAUUUUGGAGGUGAAGAAAACACAGGCUGCGCUGAGGGCUGCAGCGAGGGACCAUCCCAACCGCCCGGCCGUUAGUAUCCGAAAUGGAAUUGUUUUGGUUCAAAUCAAGGGCUCGAGUCAUCAAAAUCCUGCACACAGGUAGCAGGAGAGCCAAUACAUUUCAUCGACAUGGAUGGACUCCAUGCGAGAGCCUCCUACUUCCGUCCAGUUUCCGAUCCAACCAAGAAAGUCAAAAGCACAGCGUCUGCGUUCGCCUUGCCGUCUGAUCUGUCUUUCCUUCAGCAGCGAGAUGAAGCUCUCAAUCUGACCACUCAUGUCUGAAUCUUCUUCUUGCUUCCGUCCAACGAUUCAAGAGACAUUUAAGUUUGUUCCUUCGAGCAGAUCAGAAGUUUAACUAUGGACUGCUGGCUUGUUUAUCUUACUCCCUCUGUAAACUAAUAUAAGAGCGUUUAGAAUACUAGAGUACUUUAUAAUCACUUGCUGCAUUGCUCUGUUCCUAGCAGCCAGCUGCAGACUCAUUUUUACUCCAGAUUUGUCAACAUUUAGUUCGUGAGAUCUUCAGAAAUUUCAGUAUGGCUGUACCGCUUUGCUCCUUGUUUUC